AUGGAACCUGAGAAUGAUUGUGCUUGGAAGCCAAAACAGGGAAUGACAUUCGAUUCUGAACAAUGUGUGUAUGAUUUUUAUAAUACAUAUGGAGGAAGAAUGGGGUUUAGCAUAAGAAGGGAUUUUUGUAGGAAGAACAAGGUCACUAAGCAAGUUAUUUGUAGACUUUUGGUUUACAACAAGGAGGGAUUUCGGAAGGGUGACAAACGAGACCCAUUGUCAAAAAACCCUAGAGCCGAAACUAGGACCGGUUGUGAGGCUCGACUUUAUGUCAAAUUAGAUGACAAUACUGGGAAAUAUGUUGUGACUGAUUUUAAAGAAAAACACAACCAUGAUCUUGUAUCACCCGAGUGUGCCCACAUGUUGCCGUCACAAAGAAAGAUAUCGACUACCCAAGCAAUUCAGUUAGAUUUGGCGGCACAAUCUGGUCUUUGUUUAAGCCAGUCUUUCGAACUCAUGGGUAGGGAAGCUGGUGGAAGGCAAUGUCUUGGGUUUACAAAAUUAGAUUCUAAAAAUUAUUUGAGAACCAAAAGACAACAAAGUUUAGCAUAUGGGGAAGUAGGCAAUGUGUUGCAAUACUUUAAAGAAAAAUCUUUGCAGAAUCCUUCCUUCUUUUAUGCUUUCCAGUUAGAUAAUGAAGAGAAAAUAACGAAUAUGUUUUGGGCCGAUGCCCAAAUGAUCAUGGAUUAUGCCCAAUUUGGUGAUGUUGUCACUUUUGAUACUACUUACAAGUUAAACAAAGAACAUAGACCCUUCGCGUCUUUUGUGGGAUUCAACCACCACAGGGAAACAGUUAUAUUUGGUGCAGCAUUGUUGUACGAUAAGACCGCCGAAUCGUUUGUAUGGUUUUUUCAAAAUUUUCUAGAGGCUGUGUCAGGAAAGGCACCAAAAAAUUUGUUCACUGAUCAAGAUGCUGCAAUGGCUAAAGUCAUACCCAUUGUUAUGCCUGACACAACUCACCGAUUGUGUACUUGGCAUUUGAUGCAAAAUGCAUUAAAACAUGUUAACUGUUUAUUCCAAGAUAAGGGGGUGAAGGGUGUACUAAAUAAAUUCUUCUUUGAUAUUGAAGAUGCAAAUCAAUGGAAGUUAGAGUGGACGGAAAUGCUUGAUAAACUCUAA